UCAAAAGUUCACUCCAGUUUCAGAGUCGUCUUCUCCGAGUCGAUCGAGAGGGCACAGCGAAAGCGGUCGUGAAACCCCUUGAACAUCACUCAGUAAAAGUCUUCAAAAGGGCUCAACCUCUCUCUAGGACCUGACACCAGGAGCUUCAUCAAGAACGGUAAAGUCAAAAUGUACUAAUGCAAGUGGCCAUUUAGCAGCUGAUUCGAUAACAGUAGUGGACGACUUCUAGGCGAGAAGCUCGACACGGGCUGAUGGCUGGUAAAGCUGCCCAAUCUGUGGUGAAGACUAUUACAGAGUACCAAUACCCAUGGCGCGAGAAGUUGGUGAAAUACAAGAGCGAACUAUCCAAGGGUGUGUGGGGUUACUGGGAGUUGGGAGCAUGGAAACCACUGGGAAUCAGUGCUCGUCGCCGAGCUAGGCUUCGCAAGGAAGUCCUGCUUGCCGGUGAAGAUUGGCCUUAUGACCCCGAGAGGAAAGAGAUGAGAACCAAGAGGAAAGGGCACAAGUGUGACAGGAUAGCUGCCGAGAGACGGGAAAACACUGCGAGACUGAUGGAGAAAAUGCCGGACAUGUUGCUGGCGUACAGGAAGCGGAGAUGGGAGAGGAAGAUGAAGGAAGAAGACAAGAAGUAGUGACAAAUUCGUCUCGUCUUCUAAACGUCCUGGCUCCUGUGAUGUUAUUUGUAUGGAGAAAUCUUUGGUGAUAACACUCCUGGCUCACUCGGACCCAAUUUUGGCCUUUUUUCUUGCGUUUUCAGUUCCAUGGUACAGAUUGACUGAAUGGUUCAGGCGUAGGCUUCUACUCAUUUUACGAGCGAAAUGUUCAACCGUUUUCUUGGUCAAAAAGAGAUUUUUAACUUGGA